AUGCUAUCGGGUGCGGAGACGGUGUCUGAAAUCCAGACGCGGGUUCGUCCGGAUCGUGGCUUGUUAGGUGCCUUUGGAUACCCAAGAUGUGCGGAUGCGUCGGUGAUCCAGCAAACCUUAGAUGCCUCAACUGAAGCGACUGUAGCCUCGCUUGAAGCAGCUUUAGCGAAGGUGCGUCUCAAGCAAAGUCAGAGGCAUGAGGUGUCUUCGGCAGUGCCAGAGCAGAUACGUGUGGAUAUAGACCUCUCUGCCUUACCGAUUGGCAAGCAUGCCGAGGGUGCCAAGAAAGGUUAUGUCGCCAAAAAGCAGAACACUUAUACCCGUCAGUUGGCCCGGUUAGUGUGCGGUGAGACGCAAGAGAUAUUUUCUAAUCAGUUAUAUCCCGGCGACACCCGCAGUGAUGCUGUUUUCAAGACGAUGCUUGGCAAACUUGAGACUGUUUUGACGCUUGAUAGGGUUGCGAAACGUAGCCGAGUGCGGCUCCGCUUUGAUGCCGGAUUUGGCACAGACGCUAAUAUCAAUUACGCAUUAUGGCGUGGUUUCCAACUCAUUGGGAAGAUGUAUACCUCGCGUCGGAUCCAGAAGUUAGUGGCAACCGUGGAGGAGUGGGUGUCUGUGCCAACGCGCAAAGGUGUCCGUGGGAGAGAAGCCGGAUGGGUGAAACAGCCGCAUCGAUAUGCGAGGCGAACCGUGCAAGUCGCUGUGAGAACACCGAAAAAAGAUGGCACGUGGAGUUAUGCGGUGUUGGUCUCAACGGACAUCAACGCAACUCUCGAAGAACUCUUGCUUGAAUAUGACCAACGCAGUGGUGCCCCGGAGAACUCUUUCGCACAGGAUUAUCAAGCACUCUCUUUACGAAAAUAUAGAAAGGCAGGAUUUAUCGCACAGCAAGUUUUGCUUUUACUCGCAGAACUCGCUCAUAACUUAAUGAUUUGGAUGAAAACUUGGUUCAUAGAGGCAGUUGAGACGCCUCAAGACGCCUCGGAGCAAACUGAAAACUCACAUCGAAAAGCCAGAAAGAUGCUUCAAAGCCGGGGAUUGAAACGGAUCAGGAGAGACAUCUUGGCGAUCCCAGGAAAAGUCUGCUUUGAAGGCAAGAAGGUCGUUGGGAUACGGAUCAACCCUUUUUAUCCCCUCAUACAACACGUCUCCACUGCUACCAAGGCACUUUUCCAACAUUAUGGGAUACUUGUGUGA